AUGUUGUCUCUGAAGCGUUACAAUCCUCUUCAAGGAUGGCUUGCCAAGGCUGAAGGAUUUGCUUCACCCCAGAAUCUCAAUGACCGGUUUCAGUCACCGGAAAUUACUAGACACUUCCCCGACAUAUGUUCUCGAAGCCUUAUUAACGUUAUGCGAAAAACUGAUAUCGCCAAUGAUUUCCAAUACGACCUCGGUAAUCGACGGUCAUUUCAAUUGAGCGAGCGGGUUUCUGUCCGAAAGAACGGGUCCCAUCAGAUCAGUCGUAUUUCCGAUCUACUUCCGGAUCUUCAGACUCCAUUUCUUCUUAUCACGAAAAUAUCAUUGGUAACGUAUGACGCACUCGAAGCCAACUACCGUCGAAAUGUGGGAAUUCGUUAA